GCAUAGUAUGCGACAGAUUUUCCACACCAUUGAUUUAAUCUGUUGCCUGUAUUAAAUAUAAUAAAUUUAUUUAUAAUUUACAAAUUAAAAUUGCUUAGUUGAUUCUUUUACAUUUUUAUACGUUUACUUUAAUCCCCAACAAAUUAUUUCAUUCAUUUUCAUUGUACGAUACCUAAUUUCUUUUAAUCAUAACUUAAACAUCCAAAACAUUUCCAUCUAAAACAAAAACCAUCCCAAAACUUGAUAUCAUCACUUCAACAUCUCUAACAGGCUCAAAUAAGAAAAUAAAAACACCUGUAGCAUUUCAAUAUGAACUUCCCCACCCAUACAAAAAAAAACAAAUUCAGCACCCAUCGUUGAACCCUCUCCUCUCAUGUUCACCAUCGUCGAACCCGCCGUCUACCCCAGCCCCGGUCACCCCUUCCACGCCGAUGCUGAUUGCGUCGUCUACCCCUUAGCCGCACACCUCCGUCCUCCCGCUCGCCGCCAUCAUCUUCCGGCGGUUCGACGCGAACUCUUCCUCUCCUCCCUCCAAAUCGUCAACAUCGACCGGAACGGUGGUCGGGAUUGCAAUCGGAGGUGUAUUUGGCGACAAUGGAGUCGGUUGCUUCACUCCACCGCCGCCGCUACCUUCCUAGGGUUCGACGCCGAACUCUUCCUCUCCUCCCUCCAACUCGUCGGUAUUGACCGGAACGGUGGUCGGGAUUACAAUCGGAGGUGUAUUUGACGACAAUGGAGCCGGUUGCUAAGCUUCGCCGCCGCCUGGCCGGAAAGGUUGGAUUUUUCCCAAUCUUUUCCCUCUCUCUUCUUAAUUCCAGAAGAAAUUUCUCGUAUUUAGAGGCUACUAAGCUGAAACAAUGGUUUGCUAAGGAUGGUAAAAGUACAACUUCAAUUUCCAUUUCCAGGGAAUGGUCUGGUGCAGGAAGGACUAAUGUUGUGAAGACUAUCUCUCAAAUCAAAGAUGAGAAGCUUGGGAUUUCUGAAAAAAUAGAUUGGAUUUGUGUCAAUGGAGCUGUGAUAUACAUAAAGGCGGAUAAUUUUUACUAUACAUCUUGCCCUGUAAUGAUUGGGGAUGGAUAAUGCAACAAAAACGUUACUAACAAAGGAGAUAGGAGGUGGCGGUGUGAUCAAUCUGUUGAUGAAUGUGAUCAUAGGUACAUACUCUCGCUUCAGAUAGAAGAUCACACGGGCUUAACAUGGUUAACUGCUUUCCAGGAAUCAGGUGAGGAGCUUAUGGGAAUGUCCGCCGAAGAUCUUCAUUUUAUGAAGUUUGAGAAACAAGAUGACGAUGGGUUUCUAAAAGUUCUUCGGCAAAUUAUGUUUAUAUUCAAGUUGAAAGUGGAAGAGGAAACAUUCAGUGAUGAACACGUCUAGUGUUGUCAAGGCAGAGAAGAUGAACUAUGGAUCCCUAUCCAAAACCCUUCUGGAUUUGAUGGAAAACUUCAAAUCUGGGAACCUGACUGCUUCACCGCACCAGGUAGAAAGUAGUUCCACAAAUUCUGUGUUGAGUACUCCUAGAAAGGAGAAUUUCGGAAGUGGGCAAACUGGAUUGAGUUCAAUGCACUUGCCAGCUAAUCAAGUAAAUAAGUACAGUAACCAAUAUAACUCAAGGUUUCCUACAUCGACUGUAUCUGAGGGACCUAUCAUUUGUAACAGCUGUGGAGCCACAGGCCAAUAGAACGUUGGAUGGAGCUGAUGCUAGGGGCGGCAGAGGAGGAGGCGGCGGAGCUGAUCAUGUAUAGUCUUAUUCAAGUUUUUGUUUUGUACAGUAUCACUAUAUCAAGGCGAUCUGAAUGUUUCAAGACACAACUUCAUUUACUUGUGGAGCUGGGCCUUCUGAUUUAAGAAGAUAAUUGAUGUUAAGACUGAUUGACAUCAUAUAUCAUUCACAGCACUCGUUUGAUGAACACAAAAUGCUAAAGAAAUAAUUAUCCAAAAUUUAAACUAAUACAAAACUUGCAUAGUU